AACUAAACUUAUCCACCUUGAGAAACAAGAACCAAGAACCAAGAACAAGAACAAGAUCAAUGUCACCUUCUCUUCCAAUCUCAUCUACUGUAACUAAAGUGUUUGAUACUGGGAAACACUCAACUGUCCUGCUUAAUGUUCAAACCACAACUUGCUGUAAUAAUUCAUCUGAUUCUGAUCUCCACCCUCCAAAACCCCUGCUUAUAGCAUCACCAUUAGACCAUCCAUCAGACUUCCCAGUCCUCCUUUUCCUCCAUGGCUACCUCCUCUCCAACUCUUUCUACUCUCAUCUAAUCCUCCAUAUCGCUUCCCACGGCUUCAUCGUCAUUGCUCCUCAGUUAUACACAGUAGCCGGACCUGAUUCAACCAACGAAGUCAAAUCAGCAGCUGCAAUAAUAGACUGGCUAUCAACCGGACUAGGAUCUGUACUUCCAACAGACGUAAACCCAGAUCUAACUAAGAUCGCCAUUUCAGGACACAGCCGUGGAGGGAAAACUGCGUUUGCGCUUGCCCUAGGGCUUAUAACAGUUCCAUCGCUAAAAAUCUCAGCUUUAUUAGGAAUCGACCCUGUUGAUGGAAUGGAUAAAGGAAAACAAACAGUUCCUCCGGUUCUUACCUACGUUCCUCGAUCAUUUGACCUAGAAAUGCCAGUAUUGGUUUUGGGAUCUGGAUUGGGGGAGAUUAAAAGGAAUUCUGUGUUUCCGGCGUGUGCUCCAAAAGGAGUGAAUCACGAGAACUUCUACGAUGAAUGCAAACCGCCGGCUUGCUAUUUGGUGAUUAGGGAUUAUGGACAUCUUGAUAUGUUGGAUGAUGAAACGAAAGGAGUGAGAGGAAAGGCUACGUAUUGCCUGUGUAAAAAUGGUGAAUCGAGAGAGCCGAUGAGGAAAUGCGUCGCCGGAGUUAUGGUUGCGUUCUUGAAAGCUUAUUUGAGAGAUGAUUGGGGAGAUUUGAUCGCCGUUAAAGACGGCCGGCGAGAUGCUCCGGUGGAGUUUCAAAAGAUCGACUUCUACUGGUGAAUGUUUAAUUAAUACUAAAUUAUUAUUCAAACUCAUCUAUUUAUAUAAUGUUAUUAAUAUAGUUUAUAUAUUAAUAAAAGAAAUAUAUUAAUUUAGUUUAUAUAUACUUGUUUGUUUUAGGGAGCUACAUAUAUU